CUUGGCUCAGGGGCUAGAGGCGGCAGUUGGGGAGGGGGGGAAUAUACGAAGCAGUGUUUGUACUGUCCAUUUGGUCAAAUUAGUUAUUUGAGCUGGCUAGAGUGGGGGGAGAAAGGUUGCUUCCUUUUUAGAAAUUAUAAAAUAAAAGACCAAGAGUGCCAGAAUCAAUUGCUUUCGCGAGAGACGAGAGAGACUCCGACUGCGUGCUCCGCCCCCUCCGGUUUUCCCGCCUCUUUUGCUCCCUACAUUGAUAGACAGUAAUUGGGGCUUUUUUUUCUAGCAGUGUUGGGGUAGUAGAUAUUUUUUCCUCUAUUCUUUUGAGGUACAAUUAAUAAUUCUGCUUGUGCCUUUUGUGUGUAAGCUCGCCGUCUCGUUAACCAUCCUCCGCCUUUCUACUAAUCUGCAAGUGGGGGUCUUUCGUAAAGGAAAUUGUUCACCCCUCCCGUGUCCUCCUCUUCCGCUUCUAGCAGCAGCUCGUUAGGUGUCCGCAAGAGCCAUGUCUAGGCCGGUCAGGAAUAGAAAGGUGGUUGAUUACUCACAAUUUCAGGACUCGGAUGAUGAAGAGUACGGAAGAAAUUCAGCCCCUCCAUCUAAAAAAGCAAGAGCCUCUCCUAGAGAAUCUAAAGAUAAAAGGAGGUCUGGCAAAAACUCACAGGAAGAUAGUGAUGGAUCUGAAGAAAAAGAAGUAAAACCCAAAAAGGAUGAAGCAGACUCUGCAGAGGAGGAUUUUGGUAGUGAUGAUGACCUGGCAGCUGGUGAUGGAAAAGCAGAUAGUGACUAUGAGAGUUCUAAAAAGAGUAAAAAAAUAAUAAAAAAAAGCAAACCUGAGAAAAAGAGGGUGUCAAAGCCAAGAAAGAGAUCGGCUCCUGAUGACAGCGAUGAUGAAAAAGAGCGAAAAAAUGUCAGACAACAGAGGCAAGCUGCAUCCAAAGCUGUUUCAAAGCAGAGGGAGAUGUUGAUGGGUGAUGGAGGAAGUGAGGAGGAAGAGCCAGAAGAGGAAGAUGAAACAAAAUUCCUAGCAAAGGAUUCUGGGAGUGAUGAAGAUUUCAUGGUGGAAGAUGACGACGACAGUGAUUAUGGUCGAUCCAAGAAAAAGAAAAAAAUUGUAAAGAAGUCCAAGCCAGAACGGAAAGAAAAGAAAGUUCCCAAACCUAGACUAAAAGCCACAGUAACACCUAGUCCCGUGAAGGCCAAAGGAAAAAGCCGCCCAACAGCCUCAAAACCACCAAAGGAGAAAUCUCCGUCUCCAAAAGCAGAGGAGGAGGAAGAAGAGGAGGAGGAUGAUGAGCCAGAGACUCCUCCACCAGAGAAAAAGGCUGAUAGUCCCCAACAUGAAAAAUCUGGGGAAGAAGGCUCUGAAGAAGAAGUUCAGUCCACAGAGGACUAGCCUCUUGUCUUUUGGGGUAGGGUGGGGGGAUAUGGGUGUGUGGGUGAUUGUUGGGGAGAUUUUAUUAAUAAAAAACAAAACCAGUGGAAAAAAAAUGAAGUCAGAAUGAAUUAGGCAAACGCUUGACAUAAGGGCCUCUGAUUCUGUCUAUCUUCUGUUUUAAAGUUGAUUACUUUAUUUUCCCCCCCAGUAAACGGUGCAAUUAUCUUUUUUUUUUUUUCUUGCCAUCAUGGUCAGUUGCUCCCAUCACUUGUGUGAAAUAAAGCCAUGCACAUUUUUAAUACA